GCUUUAUAGUUCAAUGCUGAGAUCCCGUCAGUACACCAACUACCAAAGCUACAAAACAUCUCUUCGACUCCCAGGUUGCCCUGCGCGCAUCUAUACUCCCUUGCUUCGCGAUCUGUGUUUACUGAUCGUGUUCUCUUCCUGAACCUUGUCUCGGAACUAUCCUAAAGUCUACUUUUCGCCUCAUUGGACUUUCCAGCAUCCGGUGUUCAUUCUGCUACUUGCUCCUUUUUUUGGACGUGCUUCCUGGAUAGCCCAGCCACUUGAAGAUCAUCAUACUUAUACUUGGCUCGGCGUGUAGCUCUUCUUCCACACCCUGAUUCUCCUCCCUGGACUCGUAUCUGGAGUACAAUAAUGUCAUCCUCUCCUUGCAGCCCUGACUCGCCUGUCACCUCAUUCAAUGGCGGUGAACAUGUCUCAGGAACGCAAUCUCCUACUUCACCUGACUCCCAUUACGCCCCAACCGAGUCGCGACUUACGCCACAUUUUGACGCCACACCUCCCCAGGCAUCGUCACCCUCAGCUGUAGCACGUAAUGGGAGCAAGGUGAAGAAGUUUGCGUGUCAACAAUGCGACCGUAGCUUUUCCACCAGUGGUCACCUUGCACGCCACAUUCGGAUCCAUACCGGCGAGAGGAACCACAAGUGUCCGUUCCCUGGCUGCGAGACACGAUGUUCACGACAGGACAACCUACAGCAACAUUAUCGUAUACACCUCUCGCCAGGAUCGAGGCGUACUGCUGCUCGUGAUGCUGCAGGGCGUAGAAGACGACGUGGUUCUUCAGCCGCAAGCAACUCUUCAAUUGAGGCGGCUCUACACUCACCUACAUUUCCUGUCAACAUGUCAGGCAUUACAACAACGAACGAUGCAUCUUUGACAUACCCCGAACCUCCGAACACUCCGCCACCUCUCGAGCAUGGCCGGCCUCGCUUGCAACUCCCACCGCUUCCGACUCCUAUAAUCGAUCGUCAUCCCUUUUCUGACGAUGUAUACUAUGGUUCUCCCGGAAGUUAUCCCUCGAGUGCACCUUGUCGUAUGAGCUAUGGCUUCUCGGAAUCUGAGGGGACCCUGUCCCCAAUUCCGAGAACCUCUGGAGGGCAUAUGCAGACCCACGAUAUGCCAAUCGCUCAAAGAAUCUCAUCUGCCUAUCCUUCCCACCAUCAGCAGAUGUCGAUUACAUCUGGGAGUAGCCGCCUGUUCCAUUCCCACUCUCCAAGCUUCGAGGCGCCCGGCAUUCAAAGGAUCACCGAUAGGCCUCAUCCACACAAUACCUCUACUUUGAAUUUGUCACCUUCCCAUCCGUACUCUUCGCAGAUCCAUGGGUUCCAUCCUCAGGCUCUGCAUUCGCCUCCGUUAUCCAGCGACUCGGGAUUAUCCACGCCUGAGGUGUCUACGACGCCUCACUCGGCAACUUCUUCUCUUCUAUCGGACUAUGAAGGAAGUUGCAGAGCUCCCGAACAUUAUAUAGCUGGGACAUUCUCUCCUCGUGAUGGUACUUCUGGGCACGUCAUCGAGCCUCCUCUGGCCAGUCCUUUUCCUCUGAACCAAUCGUCUCAGUCGCCUUAUGUCGGCUCUCAGAACGGUUUUAUUCCCACGUCUCCCGUAAGUGCCUGGGCUGAGUUAUUAGUAAUUAGUUCCGACCUGACACUUGCACCAGAUGACAAAAAAUCACGACUCACCGAGCUCCGCGAGUCACAUCUUUGACAGUGCAUCUCACAGAUCGUUGACACAGGUCACUGGGGCGCCAGGAUAUCCUCGAAAACACCGUCAAGGUUAUGAUGACUAUUAUCAUAUGCCUUAUACAUCGGCGUCAUCGCCACAAUUCAACUUGAAUGGCUCUGCUCAUUGAACGUGCCUCCACCGCCAGAGGCCGGGACACUCAUUUUUAAUAGGUUCCACAACAAAAGGGGCAUCUUCUUUUCUGGCCCUCAUGUGCUUUGUCAUUCUGUUCUACCGCGCCCCUUAUUAUCAUGCCGUUCUCGUGUCCUUGAAUAACUCGCCUCGCAUUUUGAGUACUGUAUGCCUACUCUUGUAUCGUUCCUGGUUAUGUCCUUCCAAUUGCCACCGUGUAUAACAUUAGCACUCUCGGGUUUCGCACCGUAACUUAUGUAGUUGCCGAGGUUAUCAAAAAAGUUCCUCUUUGCUACCGC